GGACCCGGUGGUUUCUCAGAAUACAUACUUUACAGGAAAUCUUGGGAAGCAAAAGGAUUUGGAUUUACUUUACGUGGCCCUAAUGACUUCAAAUUAGAUAAAUUUUUUGCCGGUUCACCAGAAUCCUUUGACACUUACUACGGAGUCAGAAAAGACGGAAAUAUAUAUUUUAAAGACAAUCAAGACUCUUUUGCAGAUUACGUGCUCAAGCAUUGUGAAUCUGGAGUUCAUUUCGUUAUGGCAGAUGGAGGGUUUUCAGUUGAGGGUCAAGAAAAUAUUCAAGAAAUUCUUUCUAAGCAACUUUAUUUGUGUCAAUGUUUGAUGGCACUAAAAAUCCUUCGAGUUAACGGAAGUUUUCUUUGCAAAUUAUUUGAUUUAUUCACGCCAUUUAGUAUAGGACUGAUAUUUUUAAUGUAUAAAUGUUUUGAUCAGAUAUCUAUAUUGAAACCUAAUAGUAGUAGACCGGCGAAUUCAGAGCGAUAUUUAGUUUGUAAAUGGAAGAAACCAAAUACUGAUUAUGUUUGUAAGUACUUGGAUCACAUCAAUGACAUUUUAAACUUGGGUAAAGAAGACGUUUUAGAAAUUGUCAACCAACAACACAUUGUGUCUGAUCAAACUUUCUUAGAUUAUAUUGUUAAAAGUAAUAAUGACAUUGGACAAAAUCAAAUUUUAGGUUUGAAAAAAAUUGCAGCAUAUUGCAGAAACACCCAACUUAAGGAAACUAGACAGUCGGAAAUAAGAAAACGUUGUCUUGAACUGUGGGGACUUCCAGAUAAGCUUCGACAAGCCCCAGAGUGUAAAACCCAAGAGAAAUUUCUAGAAGAAGUUCUAGGUGAUUGGAAUGAUAAGUUAUUUUUUAAUUCUUUGCCCACAGAAUUACAUACAACGGAAUGCAUCCAAAACAAUAUUAACAGUAUAUAUGACUGGUAUUUUGUCCCAGUUGGUCGGGCCGAAACUAAUAUUAAUGCUUGUAGUAUGUUUUUAUGUAAAUCUAAGGGUUGUUUAUUACGAUAUAGUGACAGCAAAAAAUGGGAACCCGUAGAAUAUAUAUUUGACAUAUCACCGAAAUCGAUAUUUUAUGGCGAAAUUGUUUACGAGUAUACUGGUGAAGGUAGAACUCAAACCAGAAUAUGCGCUUUACACAUUAUAGAUGCGAUAAUGCUUGGAGGAAUAGAUAUACGACGUUUAAAACUUUCAGAACGUUCUCGGUUAUGCCAAAAAUACUCUCUUAGUCUUAAUAAGCCAUUCAAAGAUGGCAAUUGUAGUCCUAUUCGCAGCAAACGUUUAUACGAACUAAAAUAUUUAAAAAAUUUUUUUAACGAUAUGAGGUCCCAUGUUUUGAAAGAUAAUUCAACCCGCCUAGGUUUAACUUUGCCAUCUGAAAACAAGUUUUUUGUUCCCGGGGGCAUUAUGUUGUUUUGUGAAAUUUUUCACAAUUUUUUUUCAAGUAUGUCCCAUUCAACUCAUAAACUGUAUUAUUUCAAUAAGCAAACGAAAACGUCGUUUUACAAAAAUUUUAUGCCAAAUGAUAUUCUAAAUACUUUGUACGCUUCAUUUAGAAAUAGUUAUCAAAGACGAUUACUGUGGAAAUGGACCAAUUUGAAGCAAGUUGAAGAAAAAUGUAAUCAUCGAGAAACAAAUUUGCUUUACCGAGAGGAUUUAACAAAAUUUAUAUCCAAUAAAGAAGAAAAUUAAAAAAAAUAAAUUGUAUAUUGAGCUUAAUAUCGUAA